AAGGCGCCGGCUCGCUUCUGCGGCCUCUUCAUUCAUUCGGUCGGUCUGUCUGUCAGUGACGCGCAGCCUCCAGCCAACAAGAUGCCAGAAGAAGUCAAUCAUGGAGAGGAUGAGGUGGAGACCUUUGCGUUUCAGGCUGAGAUUGCUCAGCUUAUGUCCUUGAUCAUCAACACAUUCUACUCCAACAAAGAGAUCUUCCUGCGAGAACUGAUCUCCAAUGCCUCUGAUGCCCUGGACAAGAUCCGCUAUGAGAGUCUUACAGACCCCAGCAAGCUGGACAGUGGAAAGGAGCUCAAAAUCGACAUCAUCCCCAACCGUCAUGAGCGUACCCUGACUUUUGUGGAUACUGGCAUUGGUAUGACAAAGGCCGACCUCAUCAACAACCUGGGAACCAUCGCCAAGUCAGGCACCAAGGCCUUCAUGGAGGCGCUGCAGGCUGGAGCAGACAUCUCCAUGAUUGGCCAGUUCGGUGUUGGCUUCUACUCUGCCUACCUGGUGGCAGAGAAGGUUGUGGUGAUCACCAAACACAAUGACGAUGAGCAGUACGCCUGGGAAUCCUCUGCCGGCGGCUCCUUCACCGUCAAGGUCGACAGCGGUGAAAGUAUUGGCCGUGGCACCAGAGUCAUCCUGCACCUGAAGGAGGACCAGACCGAGUACCUGGAGGAGAAGAGGGUGAAGGAGGUUGUGAAGAAACAUUCGCAGUUCAUUGGAUAUCCCAUAACACUCUAUCUGGAGAAGGAAAGGGACAAGGAGAUCAGCGAUGAUGAGGCUGAGGAGGAGAAGGAAGAGGAGAAAAAGGAUGAGGAAGCCACUGAAGACAAACCUAAGAUAGAGGAUGUGGGCUCCGAUGAGGAAGAGGAAGCAAAGGACAAAAAGAAAAAGACCAAAAAGAUUAAGGAGAAAUAUAUCGAUCAAGAGGAACUGAACAAGACCAAACCCAUCUGGACUCGCAACCCCGAUGACAUCAGCCAGGAAGAGUAUGGAGAGUUCUACAAGAGCUUGACCAACGAUUGGGAGGACCAUCUGGCUGUGAAGCACUUCUCUGUGGAGGGUCAGUUGGAGUUCCGGGCUCUCCUCUUCAUUCCUCGCCGUGCUCCUUUUGACCUGUUUGAGAACAAGAAGAAAAAGAACAACAUCAAGCUUUAUGUGCGCAGAGUGUUCAUCAUGGAUAGCUGUGACGAGCUUAUCCCAGAGUACCUGAACUUCAUCCGUGGUGUGGUGGACUCAGAGGACCUUCCUCUGAACAUCUCCCGAGAGAUGCUGCAGCAAAGUAAAAUCCUCAAGGUCAUCCGUAAGAAUAUGGUGAAGAAAUGUCUAGAGCUCUUCACUGAGCUGGCCGAGGACAAGGAGAACUUCAAGAAGUUUUAUGAGGCUUUCUCAAAGAAUCUGAAGCUGGGCAUCCAUGAAGACUCUACAAACAGGAAGAGGCUGUCAGAACUCCUGAGGUAUCACACUUCUCAGACUGGAGAUGAGAUGGCUUCCCUCACAGAAUAUGUCUCUCGUAUGAAGGAGACUCAGAAGAGCAUCUACUACAUCACUGGGGAGAGCAAGGAACAAGUGGCCAACUCUGCCUUUGUGGAGCGUGUGAGGAAACGUGGCUUUGAGGUUGUGUACAUGACCGAGCCAAUCGAUGAGUACUGUGUACAGCAGCUGAAGGAGUUUGAUGGCAAGACUCUGGUCUCUGUGACCAAGGAGGGUCUGGAGCUUCCUGAAGAUGACGAGGAGAAGAAAAAGAUGGAGGAGGACAAGACUAAGUUUGAGGGUCUGUGCAAACUGAUGAAGGAAAUCUUAGACAAGAAAGUGGAAAAGGUAACCGUCUCAAACCGCCUGGUGUCCUCCCCUUGCUGCAUUGUGACCAGUACAUAUGGCUGGACAGCCAACAUGGAGCGUAUCAUGAAGGCCCAGGCUCUUCGGGACAACUCCACCAUGGGCUACAUGAUGGCCAAGAAACACCUGGAGAUCAACCCCGAGCACCCCAUUGUGGAGACCCUGAGACAGAAAGCUGAGGCUGACAAGAAUGACAAGGCUGUGAAGGACCUGGUGGUGUUGCUGUUUGAGACCGCUCUUCUGUCCUCCGGAUUCUCCCUGGAUGACCCCCAGACACAUUCCAACAGAAUCUACAGAAUGAUCAAGCUAGGCCUGGGAAUUGAUGAAGAUGAACCUGCAAUUGAGGAAACCACUGCAGUUGUACCAGACGAUAUCCCCCCUCUGGAGGGCGAGGAAGAUGCAUCCCGCAUGGAGGAGGUGGAUUAACGUGCUUGUUCCCUCCUUUACCCCAACCCCCCUGUGUCUGAAUGCUCUUCCGGGGGAGCCUGCUACUCAGACUGUAGACUGAUUCCCAUUCCUGGGGGUGUAAAGGGACAGUGGCUGCUAAACCUUCUCUACCCCAUGGUUAAUUUGCACUGCAGUAUGCCCUGUGUGGGUUGGGGGCUGUAAUUUACCUUGUGCCCCUGUUGUACACCCAGAUCAUCACCGGAUGUGUGGCCCCUCCACCUGGCACGGCACUUGUCCCCACGACUGGAUUCAUAAGCUGCUGGAAUGUUGUUGUUUUUUUUCCCCGGCCAGUGUAUGAAGUCCUGGAGAAAGGACAAUCAUUUGUGUAUAUUUGUAGAGCUUAUCAUUCCCAUUGCCCGUGCCUGGUCCUUCGCUGCCCCCACAGUGCCCUCAGGAAGUCCCAGAAUGCUCAUGUUUUUUGCAGUCACGUCAGAAUUGUGUUCAAAUUUAUUUUGUAAGUUUUGUUUCGUUCGUAAUCAUAUUCAUUAUGCAAAAUAAAGUCCUUUUUACAGUG